UUCCAGGAGGCCGAGAUGCAGCGCUCGCUGGCCGCGCUGGCGGGAGCCCGGCUGCUGCGCCGGCGGCCCCCGCGCUGGACCGCGCAAGCCGCCCUCCGGGCCUCGGGCGCCGCUGGUCUGGAUCCGGAUCCGGGGACACGCGCGAUGGCAGCGGAAGGCAAGGGCGGCCUGGAGAGCUUCCGCGCCAAGUUAGCCACGGGGCCGUCCUUGCUGCGUUUCCUGAGGGAUGCUGCUCCGGUGCAGGACGGGCCCCGGUUGUCCGAGGACGCAGCGGAGGACCCUGCACCCUACCUCGACCCCGGCCCCGGCCCCCCGGCUGACGCUUCGAGAAAAGUGUACCUGGAGAGCUACGGCUGCCAGAUGAACGUCAACGACACGGAGAUCGCCUGGUCCAUCCUUCGGAAGCAGGGCUACCUGAGGACCAGCCGGCCAGAGGAGGCUGAUGUGAUAUUGCUCGUCACCUGUUCCAUCAGGGAGAAGGCCGAGCAGACCAUCUGGAACCGGCUGCGUCACCUCAAAGUGCUGAAAUCGAAGCGGUCUCGGUCAAGUGUGCCUCUGCGGAUCGGGAUUUUAGGCUGCAUGGCUGAGCGGCUGAAGGAGCGGAUCCUGGACCAGGAGAAGCUGGUCGACGUAGUGGCCGGGCCGGAUGCUUACCGGGACCUUCCCCGGCUCCUGGCGGUGGCCGAGUCUGGCCAGCAAGCCGCCAACGUCCUCCUCUCGCUGGAUGAAACCUACGCUGACAUCUUGCCUGUUCAGACCAACGCCAGAGCGACGUCAGCAUUUGUCUCCAUCAUGCGCGGCUGCGACAACAUGUGCAGCUACUGCAUUGUGCCCUUCACCCGCGGCCGCGAGCGGAGCCGCCCCCUGGCCUCCAUCCUCCAGGAAGUGCAGAUGCUCUCCGAUCAGGGUGUGAAGGAGGUGACCCUCCUGGGCCAGAACGUCAACAGCUACCGGGACACCUCCGAGGCCCAGUUCCUCGCGGCGGCGACGCCAACGCGCCUGAGCCACGGCUUCAGCACUGUCUACAAAGCCAAGCGGGGCGGCUUGCGCUUCGCAGAGCUCCUGGACCGCGUCUCUGCCAUCGACCCCGAGAUGAGGAUCCGGUUUACUUCGCCGCACCCCAAGGACUUCCCGGACGAGGUCUUCGUGCUCAUGCGGGAGCGGCCGAACGUCUGCAAGCAGCUGCACCUCCCGGUCCAGAGCGGCAGCACCCGCGUCCUCGAGGCCAUGCGGAGAGGGUACACGCGGGAGGCCUACCUGGAGCUGGUGCGCCACGUCCGGGACAUUUUGCCAGGCAUCCACCUCAGCAGCGACUUCAUCACCGGCUUCUGCGGGGAGACGGAGGCCGAGCACCUGGAGACGGUGUCGCUGAUGCGGGAGGUCCGCUACCACGUGGCCUUCAUCUUCGCGUACAGCGAGCGCCAGAAAACCCGGGCGUUCCACCGGCUGCAGGAUGACGUGCUGCCGGAAGUCAAGCAGCGGCGCCUCCGGGAACUCGCGGCCGUCUUCCGGGAAGAGGCCGCCCGGGCCAACGCGGCCGCCGUGGGGCGCAGGCAGGUUGUUUUGGUGGAGGGGCACAGCAAGCGCUCCACCCGCGACUUGUGCGGCAGGAAUGACGGCAACGUCAAAGUCAUCUUUCCAGACGUGGAGGUGGAGGACGGCACCGGCUCGGGGGCCACGGUCCGAGCCCAGCCGGGCGACUACGUCCUGGUGGAGAUCUCUUCCGCAAACUCCCAGACGCUCAGGGGGACGCCACUACGCCGGACGUCGCUGAGGGAGUCCGCAGCGCUUCUCUGAUGCGUCCCCGAGCGAGGUCAGGCCGGUGGCUCGGAGGACGGAGGGCUCCCGGGCUGGGACCCCGCCACGGCUCUUCCCUGGACCUGGUCCGGCACAGUGAGAUGGACUGGCGGCUCAGACACGCACCUCGGCCUGGACCUGGGGGGCCUUCCGGGGCUCCCGCUCUUGCUCUGGUCCAGCCGCUGCUCCUCCCUGCGCUCUUGUGCCGCGCGAAGCUUGCCCGUCCUGGCAAGAAGGAGCAAGACGAGGCGCUCGGAACGCGCAGCAGGAGCUGUGGCGGAAGACGCGGGGAGCAGCGGGGUGGGAAGAUGGUGGCCGGCCGGCUGGGAAGAAAGCAGCGUGGGCCUCGCAUUUGCACCGCUAUUGCCGCUCCGGCCUGUGUGCUGCAUUUAUAGACGUUUCCCGUGGGUCUCCUGGCAGCGGUCGCCUGACUGCUGGAGUGCUUUUUCCGUCCGUGCUCACAGCCCCGUCUCCCCCGAGUCCUCCCCGAGGCUGCUCCCGCGUUAUGUGGGGCCAGGGGAUCCUUCCUGGGGGAAAGCGUGCCUGAGCGUCCGACAGCCUCCUCCCACAGCAACCGGCUGGCGCACCAUGACGGGGUGCGCCCCGGGGCACAUUUCAGCCUGACUGGGGCAGGGCUUGUGAGCGAAAGGAAGCGGAACAAAUGAGUGUGUGGAUAUCCCGAAAGGAUGUUGGAACGGCUUGUUGGGCGCAUUUUACGGCCAUACGCAAGGAAGGGGCUCUGCGUGCCCCCUGCUGGGGGGAAAGUGGCAUUCUUUCCAAGUUCCCGCGACUCUGCCCCGAGACACACCCCAUAAGCCGUGUAAAUGAAGAGCGUGUGCAGGCUUGGAGUUGAUUUUGCAAAAUGUAUUUAUUCAGCCAGAGCCCCGUGAUCCCAGAGACAGCGCAACCAGUCGGAGUGCGCCUUCAUGUCGCACCUCGUGAUAAUUAAAACGUAUUUUCCAGCUUUA